GCGAAACUGAGCGAGCGGCUUCCUAGCUGAUUUCCCAGAAAUCAGCUGACCGGCAACCCUCCUUAGCUCCACCUUUCCUGCAGCUCUUGGUUACGCAGAGCACAACGGACACACGAGAGGUACCGGGAUUAGAGCAGACUCAUCGCUGAUCUCGCUCCUGGCCAGCAGACCAUGGGUACACGUACAGUCGCCGUUGCCAUCGUCACUCUAUUCGUCAUUGGAUGUACAAUCGUAGGAGCAGCAGCAGAGGACCACAGAUCUGAGGAGGAUAAUGGAAGUGUCAUUGGAACUGUCAUUGGAGCCACAGUGGGAGCAGGAUUGGCACUGAUUGGCCUCCCUCUGGGCAUUGCUGCGCUGGGCUUCACCAGCGCCGGCAUCGCCGCCGGCUCCGUCGCUGCCAAGAUGAUGUCGGCAGCUGCCAUCGCCAACGGCGGCGGAGUGGCUGCUGGCAGCACCGUGGCUGUGCUGCAGUCCAUCGGAGCUGCAGGUCUUUCUGCUGGUGCCCAAGCUGGGCUGACAGCUGCCCUGGGCUCAGCUGGUGCAGCAACCGGUGACUGGCUCACUGAGUGAAAGAAACCUCCAAGUGACAAACAUAAAAUAGAUAAAAAUCCGAGUGACAAACCCAAAGAAAAGUAACUCAGAUGACAAACCUGUGGAGGAGACAACUCCAGACGAGCAAACCAAGAGAAGCAAAGCAGGUUCCUGAUCCCAAGGCCUUGCCUGCAAAAUGCAGAUGCUGGGAAACCCCCACAGACCCCUCAGAGCUCUGCCUCCCCUUUUAAAAGCUUUGGAUUCUUGUGAGCAGCAAUUGCCCUGAAGCCAAUAAAUGUGCUUUGCUUGCA